CGUAUGCCAGUGUGUGUGCAGCAGUGUUCGAAUGUGUGCGCUGUUUGUUUUCAUCACAGAUCGUGCCAUUGGAUUGGAGUGAAUAAAAUAUUCGUUUGAGUGCAUUUUCCUAACCAGAAAACAGCUAGAAUAUUUGCUGCUUCAGUUAUAGAAUUAGAUACAAAAUUACAUUGCUAACAAAGCAACCAAAUCGCGACAUUAAUUGACGGUGAUGUGAGAUAAUUGCUCUUUGUUUCACCCAACAUCGUAAGCUUUCAGCAAGAAAAGCAAACACAAUGGCUUCCGAAAUAGACGAACAAAUUCGACUGGAAGAUACGCUCAAAACGUUCCAGCAGCUGCGUGCCGAUUCAUCGACAAACGACAAACCUUCGACCGACAACGGAAGGAAUCCAUUUCGGGCGGAACUGGACAGUGUCAGUGAAGCGCGAAUGAAGGAACGUCAAUUAAUAAGGAAAAUUUUCGGUAAUCGGUGCGAAUGUGGGGCCGAACGGGCACCCAUCGCUACGACAGCUAUGCACCAUGGUAAACAUAGCGCCUCGAUGCACCUGGAGCACGGCAUACGGAAUCAACCCACCUUCAAGCACAAGCAUCGUUCCGAUCGGAAGACGAUUGUGCGGGACUCGAUGCUACGUAACAUCGGCAAGUGUGUACAUCAGAAUCUGCGCAAGCAACACGAUGGAAAGGGAAUUACCGGAGCGUCCGGUGCCCCGCUAAAGCCAUCCCUUUCGGAGACAAAUCUCACCAAAUGCUUCGCCAAUGAGGCUAGUGAUGAUAUGCUCGAUUUUAGGUUACUGAUCACACAGUGUAACGAUCUGACACUUGUGCCGGGUGCCUCCACCGGUGUUGGAUCGACGUCCUCAUACCGGCCGGCGGAUGAAGAACAGCAACCGAACUUUUCGCACAAUAGCUUCCGAGCGCUCCGCACGACGGACCUUACCUGGCAACAGCUCAGCCGAACCACAGCCAACGCACGGAACAAUCGUAAGCGGCAACUGAAGAAAUCCAACAGUACCUCAUCGCUUGACAGCGACGGCAGCAGUGUGGAGGUGAACUUUAAGGGCAGCGGAACGCGUUGCGGUUCAUCGCAGGGCUGCGUCGUGAUCGACGGUGAUGGGUUGGCAAUGGCGUCACUGUUUCCGGCGUUGCCCUCAGGUAAUGCUGCGGCCGGUGGAUCAUCACCGACCAACAGCAGCAGCACGAAUACUUGUUCUGCUUCCUCGUCCGCUGCGGCUUCCUGUUCGCAGCAGGCCCGCCUUAAUGCUAUGCCCUGCGAUGUAACGAUCGACGAAAUGGCGAGCUAUUUCGAAACGCUCGUGUACAUCCCGAAGAAAAUGUCCAGCAUGGCGGAGAUGAUGUACAUCUAAUGCAGUACGGAGGCUUACCAUACAUUACAGUCUCAGCUUGUGACUUUGUGGGGCGGGUAGUUUUUGUUCGUAACGGUGUCGUGUCCUGCUGUACAUUUAUUUCACUUUCCCUAUUUGUUUUAGGUGUUAGAAUUGUAGCAUCCAUCCAAUUUGGUGCCCUGUUUCGUAUUCGAACCAACCAAACAUGUUUGGUGCGCGAUAGCCGUGUGAAAAAUUUCAAUUUUUAUUUUAACAGUAGCAAAUAUUCAUUUCGAAUACGGCUUGCCACUAUACCAGCGCACUCCUCAAAAUGCAAAGCAGUGCAGGAGAGUUUAAAUUAAAGGCAACAACGCUUGUGAAAGCGUUAUAUCAAAUAGUUUAAAAUUUGCUCACAAACAAAAACCCGUACAAUAACUUCUUUUGACUGACCGGAUCGUUUGUAUGUGACAUGUAUGUAGUGAUAAAUGGUUGGUUUUUUUUUAAACAAAAAGCUAGCCAAACUUCUUCUUUUUAAGUUUUCACACUGAACAGAUCGAUGCGUGUCUAUAUUAUCAUUGCGGAGUCGUACAAGAAAAUAUGGGACGUUACUGCGAUAGCCACCUGUGGGCUCGGUAGCGUGCGUAUGUGUGUGUUGUUAGGUUUUUCUAUUCAAAACCAUUGCUUGUAUCCGUGGUGAAAAUGUAAUACAUCCUGUCCUACCCACAGUCUGUAGACGAAAGAGGGAAGAUAAGAACAAACAUACUUUAUUCUAUCAAUUAAGCUCCACACAUUUCAUUGCAAGUAACGCUCCAUAAUCCAUUACCGCGAUCGUGAUCGAUCAUUUAUAGUUCUAGCGAAAGUGUAUUUUCCAAUACUACCACCACUGUAUGAGGUAUUUUUCUGUCCUUUUUUGAUAGCAAGUUGAAGUUUUCUUUUGUAAUACCCACACCAGUCAUAUUAUGCGCCGUAGUAACAGAAAAGUGUCUCUCUGUCUCCUUCCUCGAAGUGCGCAGCUUAGAAAGCAUGAAGAUGAUAGUUGUAAGAAAAAAGGAAUGAGAAUACGAGGAGAGAAACGGGAAUAUGUAGAUCGAAUUUAUCAAUCGUUCUUCAUUUUGUAUUGAUUGUUUUAUCUGAAUAAAGGAAGCAUAUGAUUCCAG